AUGGCCAGGCCAGGAGACCCCACUGUCCGUCCUCUGGACACCUGCGCCGUGGCCUUCUCCAUCGACAACAUGGACCAAGAGCUCGACCGUCUCUCCAUGCAUGGCAUGGUGGCCUGGCUGGGGGGGAACCGACCGGUGGUGGAGCCGGACGUCAUCAAGAGGGCCAUCUGCCACCAGUUUCCGAUUCGUCCGGAGGAUGUCACCGUCGUCAGGCACGCCCCUAAAGACUUCUUCAUCGACUUCAAGCACCGGCACCACCGCGACGAGGCUGUGGCACAGGGGACCUUCCCCUAUCGCAACCUCGACAUCCACACAAGGCCGUGGCAGCUGGUCACGCACGGCGACAUCUGCGACCUCAAGUACCGCGUUCGCCUGUGCCUAGAGGGCAUUUCCCUUCACGCCUGGAACGAGAGCAUCGCCAGAGCCUGCGACCUGGACUACGUCGAGAAGGCUUCGCUGGACCGCGCCGACACCAGGGCACUCUGUGUCUGGGCCUGGACGUACAACCUGUCCAACAUUCCAAAGGCGCCCAAGGACUGCGAGCGGGAGCGUUCGGAGUCCAGGCACGGUGGCCGUCGACACCGGAGCCUCGAACAUGGGGGUCGUCGUCACCCACUGGACGACGUCGCUGCUGGCCAAGGCACCCGCCUAUCUGCCCCAAGCGACGCUGCUGGCCAUGGUGCAAACGUGACGGCUCGGCAGCUACUCGCGAAGCCCGCUGAUCCUGGUCGCUCGGGGAUGUACAGUGCAGAACCAGGGGUCGCAGUUGCCCCCGUCAGCGACCACGACAACACGACACAGCAGCGAUCACACCUCGCUGCUGAAAGCCGCUUUCGCACGGGACGAGUCUACUCCAGGCGGCCGUGUGUCCCCCACACACACCGGAAGCAGGCACAACCAACAGGAAGCACCCAGGGUCUAGUGCGCCAGCCCAGCCCGCCACAGCGAUGCAAGAGGCCCCCGGUCCUGGCACGCAGUAGCGUGCGCAUCGCGGCCAUGAACUGGCCAAGGGGUGACACUCAGGUGAAGGCCAGGCAAGUGCUUAUGAAAAGGCUUGGCAUCCUCGACGUCGAAGGUCUCAGCCAUGACGAGGCGCUGUUGUGCUACUUCAACCUGUUCAAGGGACCACUCACCGACAACGCCGUGAAGGCGCUGACGGCGUUGUGUGGCCUCGACGCGGCGGCAGCAUUGCCCACUACGCACGCCUAG